AGCUGCGCAGCCCGUCGCUCGGCAACAGAGCACGCCCCUCCCCGCGCGGGACCCCCGGGCCGCGGCCACGAGUGCCCCGGCAUUUGGACAUUCGCCAUCAAAGAUGUCGGCAAAGGCCAGGUCGGAGGCCCCCAGCAGGAAGUGGGCUUCUCACCCCGCCUAUGAACGGUACUGGAAGCAUUACCAUCAGGCUAUGACGUGGAUGCGAAGCCACCAGCUCGCCUACAGGAAGGCCCUGGAGGUUUACUACAGUGCCCUCUGGUACUCGGCCGCUGAAGCUCAGGCCCACACGUCUGAUGCCGAGGACGGGGAACUUCCUCAGCACCGCGGCCACCCCGUGGAGGACUGGGACUCCCAGCACAGCUCCUCCCCACCCAGACGCAAGGUGCGGUCCCGGCCACAACGCAAAACCCAGCUGUCGGCAUCAUCGCCAUCGUCAUCACCAUCAUCGUCCUCAUCAUCAGUGUGGGUGUCCUCGUCAUCUGACUCUGAAGGGGUGGAAUGCGAUGUCAGCAACAUGGAAAUCACCCAGGAGCUCCGUGACUACUUUGCACAGACUGAGAAGCACCAGGAGGAGCGGAAGCGGCAGCAGCUGCUGGAGGAGAAGCGCCUGGAAGACUACGUGAACGCUGACCAUGACCUGUACCACAAUUGGUCUCAGCGCUCAGCAGGGCCACCCGACGACAGGGUGUGGGAGCGGCGCCUGGAUGACAUGCAGCGCCUCUACGGGGACAGCGCCACCAAGAUCCAGGCCAUGGAGGCGGCCAUGCAAUUGAGCUUUGACAAGCAUUGCGACCGCAAGCGGCCCAAGUACUGGCCGGUCAUCCCGCUCAAGUUCUGAGUGCCGCCCCAGGGGCCCCGCUGUCCCUCCCCUCCCCCACCUCCCCACGUCCCCUCUCCCCACGUCCCCCUCCCCGCACAGAGAAUGGCCUGAGAAACGGGACGGGGGCCGCGUGACCUGGAUCUGGGGGUAAGGGUGCUGUUCUGCUCACUCACAGGUCAGCAGGGUGGAGGGCCAUUGCCGGCAGAAGGGAAUUUUUUCCUCACCUAACACUGCCGUGUCUGCCUCUGUGGGUUUUUAUUUUCAUUAGCUUAGGGU